GGGCGUGAUUUAUCUGGAUGAGAGAUGAAGAUGCAGUGCUCUGCAUAAUAUUCUCGGUACAGUUGUUCUGACAGAUUUCUCAAAUCACUUUAUCAAACCAGAAAAAUACACUUGUGUUUUAUAUUGACGCUGUAAAUCAAAGGAAAUUUAGCGUCGCUCAUUAUGAGUAAGAACAGUUCUUCUGAUCCUCCCAACAACACCCAGGGCUCCACCAACAAUGAAAAAGUCCCCCAGGAGAAGGUGACGGACAAAACGGGAAAGCCCUCUACACAAGAACCUGAAGAGGAGAUCGACAUCGAUCUGGAGGCUCCAGAGACAGAGAAAGCAGCUUUGGCAAUACAGAAUCAGUUCAGACGCUUUCAGAAGAAAAAGAAGUAGAAGAAGAAAGGAUGAAAAAGAGGAAUCGGUGUGGAGGACAAAAACGCCUUCCACAAUUUUCAGUAUGGAGAGAGGGAGAGAGUUAAUAAGGCAGAGAUAGAGGACAGGGAAAAGUCAAGUGUGGGUGGGAAAUUAGGGGGUUUGGAAACAAAUGAUAGCCCUUUGGCAUCAACAUGCUGGGCUGAUGAGAGAUAAGAAUAGGGAAGACAGGAUUUUCACUUUAAAAUACAUUGAAUCUUCUGUUCUUUGUGUUCAUCUCUUUUUUCCUCACAAAUAUGUUGCGUUUUCUCUUGUGCAAUGCAUCUAUUAUGUACUAUAUUUUAGUUUACUAUAGCUACAACAGAGUACAUUUAAGUGAUAUAAACCUAAACAUACAAAGGGGGCAGUAAAUAACCCAAACGUUGUAAUGUACCCAUGAUACAGUAUGUUAGUGAAUCAGUAUUAUUGAUUUGAAAUAGGUCACUUAGUCACUCAGCUCUUUUUUGUUUUUAGAAAAUGAAGAGAAUAGUGCUUGUUACCAUGAAAUGUUAUGUAUGGCAGAAGAUAACAAUAUAACUUGAUCCAAGAAAUUGUGGCAAAUCUUAUUUGUUUGUCUUUUCACCAUGUGUUUAUUAUUAUACCAAUAUCUUGGAUAUUUAUUAGGAAUGCACCAAUACAAAAUUUCUAAUAAUAUUCGAUACCGAUAGAUACCGAUAGUUUUGCUUUAAACUCCGUAUUUCAAAUUAUUGUGUUGUACAAACUGCAAUUCUCUUGUCAUUGUGACCCAAUGCAAAGUAAUCACUCGAUAUGAGUUCUGUAUUUUGCACCAAUCAUUGUUAAAAAAACAAAAACAAUCGGCCGAUAUCCAACAGUGGGAAAAAAUUUGAUUUUACCGAUCCUAUUAUAGGCAGAUACAUUGGUGCACCCCUAAUGUUUAUGCAUUUUGGACAGGGCUGUUUGCUUUCAGGGUUUACUGGACUGUAAAGGAUUUAUUUUUGCUGCCUUCAAUUUUUAAGUACAAUCAAAUUGGCAUUUCAACUUGCUAUUGUAAACGUUGCCUAGUGAUGAGUCGCUGUGAAGUCUAAAAAAUUUUAAUUGCUUAACUUACUUUGAUGAGAUCAUUUAAAUGAAGAUGAUUCAAUCAAGGAAAGUGUAACAUUUUGAUCUAUUUUAAGUGUCUUUCUCCUUCCGCUAUAAUUAAAACAGUCUCCACAGAUAUCUGAGAAUAGCUCAAAAUAAUGAGAGCGGUCUAUAGUAGACACAUAUGACUAUUUUGAAGUUAAUAGGACAGUCUUGUAUUGAGAAAGGUGUUAUAAAUAUGCCUUGAACAGUUUUAAACAGUCACAUAUAGAGGCUCUGUUAUUACUCGAUUUAUGACUUAAAAGUAUAUUUCCCAUA